AGGCUGCUUGGCUUUGGAAUUGAAAAUUGGAAGCAGACAUGUCCUUUCUGUAAAUCCAACUAAUUCUAUCAAAUUCUAUUUCUCAUAAAUUCUCAAAUUACCAUAUUCCACUUCUUCUCCCGUAGGUCAUAUCCUUCAAUUCCUACACUUGUUACACAAUUUCUUGAAUUGGAUUUGGAGCCAACCCUUCACAUUUUCAGGUAUCCAUUUCCCAGAUCUUCAUCAAUCAAUCAUUUUGGUUUUUCUUUCGCUUCCCCACUCCCAAUUACAUUGCCCUCAAACCCUGGAUCUUGCGGAAGCCUGUAAUUUGCUAACCAAAGUAACACGAAGUAGUUAAGCAGGGUUGUGCUUGGGUUGUAGCAUAAAUUUCUUGCACUUUUAGCGUUUUAGAAUAAAACCCAAUUCUCAAAAUUCCACCUUUUCAUUUGGGUCUCUCAGAAAUUAAGCCUGGUUAGCCAAUGAAUGUGACGAUGCUGCUUUUGUAGUAUGAAGCUAGGGUUGUUGUAUGCAAUUGUUGUGUUAGUUUUUUGGAAGAUAUGAGUAGGUUUCCUUCGUUUUCAGUGAGAACAGAAGUGAGUCCGAGUGUUGAUUCAGAAUCAUUGCAACGAUGGGUUGUUGCCUUUUGUGCUAUAAGGUUUGAUCUUGAACAGGGCCAGCUUGUAGAAGAGUGUUAUCCACAGGGGUGUUUUUCCCAUGAUGAGGAGCUUGAAAUUGCUUAUAGUUCCUUUCCUGAUUCCGUUUCACAGCACCAAAACCAAAACCGAUCCAGCAUUCACGAUUGUAUCUUCUUUUACCGAAUUCACAGGCACCUUAAGAAGUCCCUAGAUGAAAAGGGUGUCGCUGAUAGUAGCAAUGCUUCUAAAUUCUUGUAUGGUUAUGUGUUUAAUAGGCAGAGACACGAUGAGCGGUUAAAGCGUGGUGGGGAGCAGAAGUCCGUGGUCAUUUUGUCUUAUAGUCCUUAUUCAAGUGUGUUUAGACCUUUGUUGCAAAUUGUAGGUCCUUUGUUUUUUGACAUUGGUAAGAAAGCAUUGGAGCAUAUUGCUGCUUAUGUUUCAAAAUGGCCUGCUCCCCUUCCUGGUAAGGUGAUGGAUCUUCCUAUUGGAAAUGCAACCCUUAAAGUGAACUUGCCACCUGCUCACGGUUUGCCUGUAGAAGGUGAAUUGUCUUUUGAAGAGGGUGCUUCUUCUGUGGCACCUUUUGUUCCUAAUAGUCAGCCAGUCCCACAAGGUCUUUUUCAUGAUUCAGAUAUUUUUGGAUCGUUCCGAGGGAUUCUAUUGCAGCUUUGGCUGUUGUGGGAGUUGUUGCUCAUUGGUGAACCGAUGCUCAUCAUUGCCCCCACACCUCCCCAAUGUUGUGAGGCUGUAGCUAGUCUUGUGAGUUUGGUUGCUCCAUUACUUUGCAGUGUUGAUUUCCGUCCCUAUUUUACCAUUCAUGACCCAGUGUUUGCACGUUUAAACUCAAUCCAAGAAGGCCAAGCUUUCCCCCCGAUGAUUUUAGGGGUGACAAACGUGUUCUUCCUCAAAGCACUGCGUAACAUCCCACACAUUGUCUCAGUUGGAAGUCCUCCUCUUAAUUCGAACAGGCUUGCCCUUACAACUAGGUCUUCUACUGGCAGAGGUUCUGGCAGACCAGAAGGUCUUGGGUUUCAACAACUUUCCCUAAAGAAGUUCUCUCCUUCUAGUUUAUUGAGUGCGGUUAGGCUGCGGAGAGAUGGCCCUCUAUGUCUCAUGACAGAACAUAAGGAAGCCAUUUGGAGUAUAUAUUCUGCAACAACUAAGCCAGAUACUUCUAUCUUAAAUAGGCUUAUAGAUGCUGGGGUGUCACCAAGAGUUGAAGAGUCAAUGUCAGUUGUGAAUAAUGAGAUAUUACGGAGACACUUCUUGGAGCUCACAACAAACUUUUUGGCUCCUUUUAGCCCAUACUUUAGGACUUCAACACCAUUAGAAGGAUCUUCUCCUUAUGUAGAUCCUCCUUCUCUACCUCCAUUCAAUGCCGAUGAAUUUCUUGCAAGUUUAUCAGCAAGAGGUCCAGGGAAGUUUAUAUUAAAGCGAAUGAAAUCUAACUGGCUUGACUUAUACAGGCGAUUCCUGAAUGGACCCAACUUUCUGCCAUGGUUUCAGAGAAGGCGUGCUGUUGCGGAACAAGAACAAGAUAGAUUAUGGAGACAAGCAAGAAUGAAAACCGACAUACAACAACUUAUUUCUAGACUGUCUGAAUUGGAAAUUGUGGACUCCUUCAAUGUCAUAGAGAGACUUCUCCUCAGAGAAAUACAGCUGCAGCAAUCUGGAAAGAGUGGCAUUGAUUCUGUGGCUACCUCUCAGAAACUAAAGGGAGACCUUAGGGCCAUUUUCAAUGUUCUUUCAAAGGACAUGCAACAACUCAUGCUUUCAAACCCUGAAAGGGCGUCCCUUCUGCAACCAAGUCCAGAGUCACCAAAACUUCCAGGGCGUCCGCUCAUACAAGUUGCGGUUGGGUCUUCUACAUCACCCCGGUAACGGUAAAAACAGGAAACCGGUGGUUGAGGUAUAUAGGAUCUCCUUGUGCUUCUGAAGGACAAAUGAAUUCUUGGACUACUUCCAUCUGAUUGAGAGAAGUUCUCUGAUUCAUGACAACUAAUGUGGGGUAAGACUCUUUGGUGCACAUCUUAAAAGCUUUUCAAGUCACUUAUUUGCUGAUUCUUCAAAUAAACAGCUGCACGGUAAACAGCAAUUUGUGUUGAUCAAUACACUUCAAGCAUCCGGUGUGGCGUAUAACUUCUCUCUCGGCAAAUGUAUAUGGAAAGUCCUUUUGGUGUUAAAUUUAUGAGGUUUUUCUUAUUGCCUUUUUUUUGGCAGAAAUUGAGGCUUCGUGUUGUUUAUGGUCUGAAAAGAUCAAGCUGUAAAUUAUUAACUGUAUUAGCUUUCGGUAGUGGUCUCUCCCAAAUGGUUUACAAUUCCAUAUUUUUUACAAUGCUUGUCUUUGAGGCCCAAAUUCAUUUACAUUGUAUUUUAUCUAGACUCAUUAAUAUUUUACGGGAGAAAUGCUACCAACACAUGUAACAUUCUUUAUUAUUGGUCGAUAUUUGUUGGAUAUUGUUCAACAAUCUUUUUAUUGUGUUUGUUUAUAGGAUAAAAUAUGUUUCUUGUCCUUGUAAAA